AUGGCUGAGCUGAUCAACCCCUCUCCAGUGGUGCACGAGCGCAAGGCCACCCGGCGACGACGAACGCCUUCCCACCCGGACAAUGCGGAGGAGCGGGAGCCUAUCGACUCCCUUGAGGUGUUCGAACACAUCCGCGACAUCACAGAUCCGGAGCACCCCUACACCCUGGAGCAGCUCAAUGUGGUGACCGAGGAGCAGGUGGAGGUGGACGAUGCGGCUGGCACGGUCAAGGUGCAGUUCACGCCCACCGUGGAGCACUGCAGCAUGGCCACGCUGAUCGGGCUGUGCAUACGCGUCAAGCUGCUGCGGGCGCUGCCGCCGCGGUUCAAGGCCGACAUCCUGCUGUCUCCAGGCAGCCACGCCAGCGAGGCGGCGGUGAACAAGCAGCUGAGCGACAAGGAGCGGGUGGCGGCGGCCCUGGAGAACCCCAACCUCACCCAGGCGCGCCUGCCUGCCGCCUGCUGCUGCACCGGUGCACACGCUGCUGCCUGCCUGUCCGCUGGCAUGGAAGACUGGGCUGCCAGCCUGCAGCAUUGA